UGCAGCACACACUAGUUGAAAGAAGAGAAGGAAGAAAGAAGAUGAGAUGAUCUCUGAGAACAUCACACAAGUUAGUGAUCAAGAGAUGAUCAAGAAGGCACUCUCCAUCACUGAUGUAACGAAGAAGAGAGCAAGAAAGAAGGUGAAGAUGAAUGGAGAUGAUCAUAAGGAAAAGAGAAGGUUGAAUGAAGAUCAAGUGAAGUUGCUUGAAAUGCACUUUGAGAGAGAACAGAAGUUAGAGUUAGGAAGGAAGAUUAAUUUGGCUGAAGAGUUGGGGAUGGAUGCCAACCAAGUUGCAGUUUGGUUUCAGAAUAGGAGAGUUAGAUGGAAGCAUAAGCAAUUGGAAAUUGAGCAUGAGAAGCUCAAGGCCAAGCACAUGGUCAUUCUUGCUGAAAAACAUCAAUUAGAAAAUGAGGUGUUGAAGCUCAAGGGAAGGAUUAAUGAAGCUGAAGAGAAGAUAAAGAAGGUGUCUGGAAGUUCAAACGAAGGUGUCAAUGGAUUAUUUGAUGGACAUUGCAGCACAAGUUAUUCAAAUUCAGUUGGUGAAGAAUACAAUUUGAUGGGAGAUUUUGUGGAUGAGAUAUCAAAAGAGUACAUAAAUAUGUGUGCAAAUGAACUUAUGUCUGAGCACUGCAUGCCUUGGUGGUAGUUUGAUUAUGCAUAAAUUAUAAUGUGAUGUAAUUAACUUUGAUUAUUUUCCAAAUUAAAAGAUGUAGACUUGUAUGUGUUAUUGUUGGACGUAAUUAGACUUAGACAUGUUGUGAGAUUUCCACGCGUG